AUGCCUCCUAAGUUCGAUCCAUCUCAGGUUGUUGACGUGUACGUCCGCGUCACCGGUGGUGAGGUCGGAGCUGCAUCUUCACUCGCCCCGAAAAUCGGACCACUUGGUCUCUCUCCCAAGAAAAUUGGAGAAGACAUUGCUAAAGAAACCGCCAAGGACUGGAAGGGAUUGCGAGUCACCGUCAAGCUUACCGUCCAAAACCGGCAAGCUAAAGUCUCCGUUGUUCCAUCCGCCGCUGCUCUGGUUAUCAAAGCCCUAAAAGAACCGGAACGCGACAGGAAGAAGGUGAAGAAUAUUAAGCAUUCUGGAAACAUAUCGUUAGAUGAUGUUAUCGAGAUUGCGAAAGUGAUGAGGCCAAGGUCGAUGGCGAAGGAGUUGGCGGGAACUGUCAAGGAGAUCCUCGGGACGUGUGUUUCCGUUGGUUGUACUGUCGAUGGGAAGGAUCCUAAGGAUUUGCAACAGGAAAUUGCUGAUGGUGAUGUGGAGAUUCCUCUUGAUUGA